UAAGGAAAUUCACUUGACCCCAAAGAAAAUCAAAAUAACUUCGCUUCUCCCUCUUCUUCUCUGGUCUCCAUCACUUCUACACGCCAGAGUUGUUCCCAACUUCACACCGUUCCGCGAUCUCACAAUCCCUCCCUCCCUGGAUUCCACGCAAUUUUUUUCAGAUCGAUAAUCGCGUAAGCAGUAGCAGCAGCAGCAGAAAGCACAAUUUCGCGUUUCCUCAAAAGCGCGACCAGGAUCUGAAUGCGGUGAAGUUGUUUCGGAACGCGAUUCAUGGAGUGGACGACGCUGCAGCACCUGGAUCUUCGCCAUGUGGGGCGCGGCGUGAGGCCUCUGCAGCCUCACGCUGCUUCCUUCCAUCCUCACCAAGCUCUCGUCGCCGUCGCAAUCGGAACCUACAUCGUUGAAUUUGAUGCAUUAACAGGUAGCAAGAUUUCUGCUCUUGACAUUGGAGCACCUGCAGUGCGAAUGUCUUACAGUCCCACUAGUGGGCAUACUGUGAUUGCAAUCCUCCAGGAUUGUACAAUUCGGUCUUGUGAUUUUGACUUAGAGCAAACAUGUGUAUUGCAUUCACCAGAGAAGAAGACAGAGCAAAUUUCUUCUGAUACAGAAGUUCAUAUGGCUUUGACCCCACUACAACCUGUUGUGUUUUUUGGGUUUCAUAAACGAAUGAGUGUGACAGUUGUUGGAACUGUUGAAGGCGGUAGAGCACCCACGAAAAUCAAGACAGACUUGAAGAAGCCUAUUGUUAACCUUGCUUGUCAUCCUCGCCUCCCUGUACUGUAUGUUGCUUAUGCAGAAGGUUUGAUUCGAGCAUAUAAUAUUCAUACCUAUGCUGUUCAUUACACGCUACAACUUGACAAUACUAUAAAGCUUCUUGGUGCUGGUGCAUUUGCAUUUCAUCCAACUCUGGAAUGGAUUUUUGUUGGGGAUCGACAAGGUACACUGCUUGUAUGGGAUGUAUCAACUGAGAGACCUAUUAUGGUUGGAAUAAAACAAGUUGGCUCACAACCGAUAACAUCAGUUGCUUGGCUCCCCAUGUUGCGUUUACUUGUAACUCUAUCUAAGGAUGGAAAUCUUCAUGUUUGGGAAACGCGCGUUACGGUGAAUCCUAAUGGACCUCCCACACAGGCUAAUUUUUUUGAGCCUGCAGCAAUUGAAUCAAUUGAUAUCCCUCGCAUCCUUUCUCAACAGGGUGGAGAAGCAGUUUAUCCAUUGCCGCGAAUCAAAGCUUUAGAGUUUCAUCCAAAAUCUAAUUUAGCAGCACUAGUGUUUGCAAAUGCGACAAUUGCCGACAAUUCAAAAAAUAAGGCCAGAUACAGUAGAGAAGGGAGAAAGCAGCUUUUUGCAGUUUUACAAAGUGCACGAGGAUCUUCAGCAUCUGUUUUAAAGGAAAAACUUUCUGCCUUGGGUUCAUCUGGAGUGUUGGCGGACCAUCAGCUUCAAGCUCAACUACAAGAGCAUCAUCUUAAAGGCCAUGGCCAUCUUACAAUAUCAGACAUUGCAAGGAAGGCUUUUCUUUAUAGUCAUUUUAUGGAAGGCCAUGCAAAAAUUUCUCCUAUAUCACGCUUGCCUCUUAUCACUGUUCUAGAUAACAAGCAUCAUCUGAAGGACUUUCCAGUUUGUGAGCCAUUUCAUUUGGAGCUAAAUUUCUUUAAUAAAGCGAACAGAGUUCUUCAUUAUCCAGUCCGGGCAUACUAUAUGGAUGGACUGAACCUUAUGGCACAUAAUCUUUCAUCUGGAUCUGACAGUAUCUACAGGAAGCUAUAUAAUUCGAUUCCUGGAAAUGUGGAGUACCGUGCAAAAUACUUGAUACACAGUAAAAAGCAGUGUUUGUUUCUUGUAGUGUAUGAAUUUAGUGGUGCUACAAAUGAAGUUGUGCUUUACUGGGAAAAUAGUGAUGCACAGGUAGCAAACAGUAAAAGCAGCACAGUAAAAGGUCGAGAUGCAGCAUUUAUUGGCCCCAAUGAAAAUCAGUUUGCUAUACUUGAUGAUGACAAAACAGGAUUGGGUGUGUAUACUCUACCAGGAGGGGCCUCUCAAGAAGCUAAGGACAACGAUAAAGUUUUUGAAGAAAAUCCAACUGCUACUGCAGAGACUAGUGUUGGUUCAAUUCGUGGCCCGAUGCCAUUUAUGUUUGAAACUGAAGUUGAUCGCAUCUUUUCUACUCCAUUAGAUUCAUCUUUGAUGUUUGCUUCUCAUGGGAACCAAAUUGGAAUAGUAAAGUUCAUACAAGGGUACCGCCUAUCAACUUCAACUGCCAAUGGCCAUUACAUAUCAACCAAUAGUGAGGGGAAAAAGUCAAUUAAGUUGAAAAGAAACGAGAUUGUACUUCAGGUGCACUGGCAAGAAACUCUUAGGGGACAUGUUGCUGGAAUUUUAACAACACAGCGAGUCCUUAUUGUUUCGGCAGCCCUUGAUAUACUUGCUGGCACUUCUGCAAAUUUUGACAAGGGACUUCCUUCAUUUAGAUCUCUAUUGUGGGUUGGGCCGGCCCUCCUUUUUUCUACUGCUACUGCAAUCAGUAUACUUGGUUGGGAUGGAAAAGUUAGGUCUAUCCUCUCAAUCAGUAUGCCUUAUGCAGUCUUGGUUGGUUCUUUGAAUGAUCGAUUGUUGCUUGCUAAUCCUACGGAAAUAAAUCCCAGACAGAAGAAGAGGGUUGAGAUUAAAAGCUGUCUUGUUGGUCUUCUUGAACCAAUUCUUAUUGGAUUUGCCACAAUGCAGCUAAGUUUUGAACAGAAGCUUGACUUGUCAGAAAUAUUAUACCAAAUAACGUCGAGGUUUGACAGUAUGCGCAUAACACCAAGGUCUCUGGAUAUUCUUGCUAGAGGAUCUCCUGUUUGUGGAGAUUUAGCUGUGGCUUUAUCACAAUCAGGACCACAGUUCACUCAAGUGAUGCGAGGUGUUUAUGCUGUGAAAGCUCUUCAUUUUUCCACUGCUUUAAAUAUUUUGAAAGAUGAAUUUCUGCGUUCCAGAGAUUAUCCAAAAUGUCCUCCGACAUCUCAUUUAUUUCAUCGAUUCAGGCAGUUGGGUUAUGCCUGUAUCAGGUUUGGUCAAUUUGAUAGUGCAAAGGAAACAUUUGAAGUUAUAGCAGACAAUGAAAGUAUGCUUGAUCUGUUUAUAUGCCACCUUAAUCCCAGUGCCAUGCGGCGUCUUGCUCAAAAAUUGGAAGAAGAAGGUCUUGAUUCGGAAUUGAGGAGAUAUUGUGAUAGGAUAUUACGUGCUCGAUCUACUGGAUGGACCCAAGGUAUAUUUGCCAACUUUGCUGCUGAGAGUAUGGUUCCAAAAGGACCAGAAUGGGGUGGUGGAAACUGGGAAAUUAAAACACCUACUGCUGUGAAGGAUAUACCUCAGUGGGAGCUUGCUGCAGAGGUGACACCAUACAUGAAAACUGAUGAUGGUACAAUUCCAUCCAUUAUUGUAGAUCAUAUUGGUGUGUAUUUAGGCUCAAUCAAAGGAAGGGGCAAUAUUGUAGAGGUGAGGGAAGAUAGUUUGGUUAAGGCUUUCAUGCCUACAGGUAAUGAGAAUAAAGUAAAUGGUCUUGAAGCAUCUUCAGUUAAAUCUAUAUCUAAUCAGUCGAAUGUGGUUGGUAAUACCAAAGGUGAUUCAUUGAUGGGUCUGGAAAGCCUUAACCAACACCUUGCCAGUUCCUCUGCUGAUGAACAGGCCAAAGCAGAAGAAGAAUUUAAGAAAUCCAUGUAUGGAGCUGCUGCUGAUGGAAGCAGUAGUGAUGAAGAAGGAGUAUCCAAGAUAAAAAAAUUACGCAUAAAAAUACGAGACAAGCCAAUUGCCUCUUCUACUGUGGAUGUGAAUAAGAUUAAGGAAGCCACUAGACAGUUUAAACUUGGUGAAGGGUUAGCUCCACCAAUGAGAAGCAGGUCCUCAUCUGGUGGAAGCCAGGAUCUUGGUCAGAUAUUAUCCCUUCCACCACCAACUACAGGAUCGGCUUCUUCCACUGUUUCAACUCCUGGUGACCUUUUUGGUACAGAUGCGUUGACUCAAUCAGAACCCAUUUCACAGCCAACUACUGGGGCUGUGGGUGGGGGACUUAAGGCAGGACCUAUUCCCGAGGAUUUCUUUCAGAAUACAAUUCCAUCCCUUCAAGUGGCUCAAUCAUUACCUCCUGCAGGAACUUUUCUCUCCAAAUACACUCCAGGGGUGGAAAUUAGCAAGACAACUCCUAAUCAGGUUAGUGCUUCUGAAGCUAACGUUGGUCUUCAAGGUGGUGUUUCACCUCAAACCAUUCAGCAACCUGCUGUUCCAAUUGAGUCCAUAGGACUUCCUGAUGGUGGUGUCCCACCGCAAUCCUCAGCUCAGGCUGUGGUCAUGCCCCAGUCUCAGUUACAAGCUUCUCAGGCUCAAAUUUCUAGCCAACCUCUAGAUCUUAGCAUACUUGGAGUACCUAAUUCUGCCGAUUCAGGAAAGCCGCCUCAAACUGGUUCUCAACAGAUUGCUGUGCAUCCUGGACAGGUUCCCCGUGGAGCUGCUGCUUCAGUAUGUUUCAAGACUGGACUUGCUCACCUUGAGCAAAAUAAUCUUUCAGAUGCAUUGUCUUGCUUUGAUGAAGCUUUUCUUGCCUUGGCUAAGGAACAAUCUCGUGGAAUUGAUAUAAAAGCUCAAGCAACAAUCUGUGCUCAAUACAAGAUUGCAGUCACUCUUCUUCGGGAAAUUGGACGUCUGCAAAAAGUCCAUGGUCCAAGUGCAAUAAGUGCAAAAGAUGAGAUGGCAAGACUGUCACGUCAUCUCGGUUCGUUGCCUCUUCUAGCUAAGCAUAGAAUAAAUUGCAUUCGAACUGCCAUCAAAAGAAACAUGGAUGUCCAAAAUUAUGCCUAUUCAAAGCAAAUGCUGGAACUACUAUUGUCUAAAGCACCUCCAAGCAAGCAGGAUGAAUUUAGAAGCCUGAUUGACCUGUGUGUUCAGAGGGGUUUGACUAACAAGUCCAUUGAUCCUUUGGAAGAUCCCUCGCAAUUCUGUUCUGCCACCUUAAGCAGGUUGUCAACCAUUGGAUACGAUGUCUGUGAUCUCUGCGGAGCCAAAUUUUCAGCUGUGACUGUGCCUGGAUGCAUCGUCUGCGGAAUGGGAAGCAUCAAGAGAUCAGAUGCUCUUGCAGGAGCAGGACCAGUUCCUUCUCCGUUCGGUUGAGUCUCAAAGAUGGGUCUUAAUCCUUGCGCUCUAUAUAACCUUUGCUACUCUAAUGUUGUAAAGGGAGACAACUUUGUAGAGAAAGUAUACAAGAGAAUGAAGGGAUUAUAGGGUAACAAAUAUUGCACCACUUCUAGAGAGAUUAUAGGGUUUAUCACAUACUGCUUGAGUUUUGAUUGCGAUUGUGAUGGUUGUCUGUGAUUACAGAAUAUGUUGCUCUCCUGUAUGUUUGUAAUUUUGUAAUUAUAUUCUGCUUUUGCCAUGAUAGAAACACGAAAUUGCAGAGCAUAAUUGUAUUUCGUAUAUAGUUGUUUUGCGUCAUCAUAUUUCUUUCUUCUGAA